AUGAAUAUCAGUGCGACGUUGAAUGUCUCCAAACUUUUGGUCAAGCCCUCGUUGGCAAUGCCUCAUUUGCAGGUGGAGACCUUCGCAGACCUUCCAGUGCCAAUACGAUUCCCACAGUCUAUCAGUACACAGAUCAAAGCCGUUGUUUUGGACAAAGAUAAUUGUUUCGCGAAAAACCACGACGACAAGGUGUGGCCUGAAUAUGAGUCCAAAUGGAAUGAUCUCAGAUCCAAUUACCCCAAUGCCCAGCUACUCAUAGUCAGCAAUUCGGCUGGAACUAACGAUGAUCUGGAUCACAUACAGGCAGAGGUCUUAGAAAAAAAUACCGGAGUCAAAGUUUUCCGCCAUUCUACGAAGAAACCGGGAUGUCAUGUCGAUAUCAUGGAUUACUUCCUCAAGCAUAAGGUGGUGAGUGGUCCCCAUGAAGUGGCAGUUGUGGGUGACAGGCUGUUCACGGAUAUUCUCAUGGCUAAUAUGAUGGGAUCAUGGGGCGUUUGGAUCAGUAAAGGAGUCUUCGAGUCUCAAUCGGUAGUUUGUCAAUUGGAAAGGCAAUUUUUCAGCAAGGUCAGUGCUUACGUGAAGGCUGUACCGCCGCACGCUAAAAGCGAGAAAAAAUAG